AAGAGGAGCACGAGGGAGACAUCGUCUUGUUUUGCGACUCCAGCCAGAGACACCAUUAAGACUAUCAUCAGGCGAAAAUAUUCGGUUCUAGCGCCGAGUCAGCCUGACCAGCACACGUACUCGCAUGCACACGCAGGAAAGAGAGAGAGAGAGAGAGAGCGCGGGUAUCGGGCAGGCCUCCUUGUGAGGGCCGCCCGAUGCAGGACGCGGCGGGGCUCGGCCCCGCCGGCCGCUCAGGCCUCCUUGCCGUGCGCGGGCAGGCGCAUGAUGCCGCGCAGCUUCCAGAAGCCCACGGCCAUGGCCGCGCCCUGCCCGAGGUGGAGGACGUGGAAGACGUGGGCGAGGCUCCAGCUCGUCUGGGUCACCAGCAGGAGCAGGGCCAGGCAAUUCAGGCCCAUGGCGCCCACCGCGAGGCAGAGCCACCUCGCGGCGGCCGCGGCCUGCGCCUGGGACGCGGGGCCGUAGGACCCGUACCAGAGCAGCGCCGUGGAGUAGAAGCACGAGGCCAGGAACAUGCGGCGAGCACGCACAGCGAGUCCCCGCGGUAGCAGGGCUCGUGGACACGAGGUCGAACGGCACGCCGAGCGCCGCGCCACCGUAGCUCCUCCCGUCGACGCGGUGCCACGGGCUGAGCCACACCUCGCCGGGCAGCCCUGCCCGCCAAGCGACAGGUCCACGCCGCUCACCGCCGCGGCCGCGUAGCCGCACGCCUGCAGCGCCGCGAGCGCGAGGUGCACCCCGACCACGCCCUGGCGGAGGCGUUCGCCCCUCGAGCGCCGCGGCGAGCGCGACGGGGAAGAGCCUUACCACGAUGGGCGUGAUCGCCCCCAGCAGCAGGAAGGCCACCACGCGGGCGUCUGCUCCGUCGGCAGUGGCUCGAACGCGUGCACGUAGGCCCCCACGAGGCACCAGGCCGCGCCGCCCCCGAGCGCCACGCCGUAGGCGGCGAACAGCACCCGGCUCCGCCACCGCGCGCCGCCCGCGGGCGGCCACUCGCGCAGCCAGAGGAUGAAGAAGGCGGCCAGCUGGCCAGAGAGCAGCAAGUCCUCCGCGGACGCGGUGGGCCGCGCGCCCACGGCGCCGGGGCCCAUCGUGGACGCGGCGCCGCGGGCGGCAGAGGCCCGAGGCAUAGGAGCCUUUUGCGGCGGGCAUGUGCGAAUCCACGCCUCGGAGGUAGGGGGAGGGAGGUGGGGGAGGGCGUGCCGGCGGCGCGCAGGGGCCGCCUCCCGCGUGCACGGAUGCACGGACGCAGCGACGCGGGGGUCGCCGGGGAUCGCCCGCGCCCGCACGCCCGCGCCACCAAACCCUCGCGCGCGCCCGUGGACUUGAGCCACGUCGAGGUCGAUGCUGGUCCCGCCUCGUACGUGCACUCGUCCUCG